AUGUCAUCUCUUCAACAGGUCGAACGAAUCGCAUGCGUUGGUGCUGGCUAUGUUGGUGGACCAACGUGUGCGAUGAUCGCAUAUAAAUGUCCUGAAAUUCGAGUCACUGUUGUCGAUAUGAAUUCUGAGAAAAUCAAUCAAUGGAAUUCUGACAAACUACCAAUUUAUGAGCCUGGAUUAGAUGAAAUAGUGAAGAAGUGUCGAGAUAAAAAUUUAUUCUUUUCGAAUGACAUCGAAAAUGCAAUUCGAGAGGCACAGUUGAUCUUUAUUUCUGUGAAUACGCCAACGAAGACGUACGGUCGAGGGAAGGGGAUGGCGCCAGAUUUGAAAUAUGUUGAAUCAGUCUCACGAGCAAUCGCCGAUUAUUCUGGUGGACCGAAAAUCGUGGUUGAAAAGAGUACAGUGCCAGUGAAGGCUGCUGAAAGUAUCAAUGCGAUUCUACGAGAAGCUCAAAAACGCAAUCCGAAUCUUUCGUUUCAGGUGCUAUCGAAUCCAGAAUUUCUGGCAGAAGGCACGGCAAUGAAUGACUUAGCCAAUCCGGAUCGUGUUCUGAUUGGUGGUGAAAGCUCAGAGGAGGGUCUGGCUGCAGUUGCGCAACUUGUUCAAAUAUAUGAGCAUUGGGUACCCAAACAGCGAAUUAUCACCACAAAUACUUGGUCAUCCGAACUAACCAAAUUGGCAGCGAACGCAUUUUUGGCACAAAGAAUCUCAAGUAUAAAUGCAAUAUCAGCGAUUUGCGAAGCGACUGGUGCAGACGUUAGAGAGGUUGCCCAUGCGGUUGGUCAUGAUAGCCGUAUUGGAAAUCGGUUUUUACAAGCUAGUGUUGGUUUCGGUGGGAGUUGCUUUCAAAAAGAUGUUCUCAGUUUGGUUUAUUUAGCCGAAUCACUGAAUUUGCAUCAGGUGGCUGAUUAUUGGUUAGGGGUUGUCGAAAUUAAUCGUUAUCAACGGAGACGUUUUACCGACAAAAUAAUCUCAGAGUUGUUCAACACUGUAACAGACAAAAAAAUUACCGUAUUCGGCUUCGCGUUCAAAAAGAAUACUGCCGAUACGAGAGAAUCGUCAGCGAUUCAUGUGACCAAGUAUCUUCUCGAUGAAGGUGCAAAAAUCGUCAUUUACGAUCCAAGAGUACCCGAAUCACAGAUGCGAUAUGAACUGAAUCAAGUAUCACCGAAAGAAACUGUUGAUAAGUUAGUGGCUGUUGAACGUGAUCCGUAUAAAGCAGCUGUAGAUUCGCACGCAAUUGUUAUUCUUACCGAGUGGGAUGAGUUCAAGGAAUACGACUAUGAGCGUCUCUACAAGUCAAUGACACAUCCAGCUUCAAUUUUUGAUGGUCGUUUAAUAAUUGAUCAAAAUAAAUUACGAUCGAUCGGUUUUCGUGUGUUUGCUAUUGGUUCGGCACCAACUCAAUCUUAUAAUCUGUGUCAAUGA